AUGUCGUCAGACUGCGACAUGGACAUGGUGCUGCAAAACGAGAGCCUGGCGACCACGCGCUUCAGUUCCAUCGCCAGCGCGGCGAGCUCGCCGCCGCGCCUGGACCGUUUGGUCGCCAGCUCUGCUAGCGAGGACCUCGAUAGCCGCGAUCGAUGGGAUGAGGAUGCCGCCAGCUGUGCAAUUUGCAACACUCUGCUGGGACGUCGGCGCUUGCGGCCCCGCCACCACUGCCGGAUUUGUGGCAGAUGCGUUUGCGCGUCCUGCUCCCCGAGCAUGGUCGCGAUGCCUGGGUGCAAAGACCUCCAGCGAGCCUGCAGCCCUUGUUUGACCAUUGCUUGCCGUGCUCCGGCCUUCAAGUCCCGGCUCUCGCAGCUAGGUGCGAAGCUGGUUAGCCUGGCCAGCUCCAGAGCCAUGGAGAUACCUUUAGGCAGCCUGGACGCCAUGUUGGCGGUUUGCGAGGAUGCCUUGGCGCCUUUGGAAGGAUUGGCGGCGCAGCUGGUGGAGGUAAAGUUGCAGGCCAAGCAGGCGGCUGCUGAGGCUGAGCAGGAGCGGGGCCGUGCGCGGCGCCUGGAAGCGCGGCUGAAGAGCGCGGCGGAGAGUCUCGCAGGACUCAGCGGGCGACUGCGAGACUGGCUGGAGGGCGAUGGCCAGGGAUGCGUGGACAAGUCUGAGGAUCACCGGCUACAGCCCAUCUCUUUGGAGGAAGCGGUCCUGGAUUGCACCUCGCUCGUGUCAAGGGUGGAAGAAACGCCGAAGCCGAAGCCAAAGUGCAAGCCGCAGCCAACAACCUGUGAAAUCGGCAGCAGCGGGUGGCAGCCGAACAGUAGCGAGUGCAACCUUUGUGGCACCACGUUGGGCAAGAGACACUUGAGGCCAAGGCAUCACUGUAGAUUCUGCGGCAGAUGCGUUUGCGGCAACUGCUCUCGAAGUUCCAUCGCGGGGACCUCCCAACGCUCUCAGCGCUGCUGUGCCAAAUGCAUUGAGCCUGUAGCUGAGUCGCACAUGCUUUGGAGAAGACUGACCCGGCUGGCAGAGGCGAUCUCUCGGCACAGCCCGUUGACGCAGGCCUGUAGUCUUGACCAGGUCCUACAGGAGUGCGAGGCAGCACUUGCGUUGCCGCAACUUGGCUGCAGGAUCUUGGAGAGUCGUGUGCAGCCGUGCCCCUCCAAGUUCCUCUUGGAAUCAGCCGCUGCUGAAGGCUUUCGCCACUUCGCAUCCUCAGAGCUCAGUCGCGAGUUGCACCGUGCGGCUUUGCAUGGUCAUGUCGCUGCGACCCAAAGAGCCCUUGCAGCUGUGCCGGAUGAGUGGUUUCACGCGUGUGAUCGUGAAGGCAGAACUGCGCUCCAUGCCGCUGUCAGUGGAGGUCACCUGCACAUUGUGCACGGGUUGCUGAGUGGGCGAGCUCUUCCAGACAGCCGCAACUUGCAGGGUGAGUCAGCACUCCACAUGGCCUGCGACGCUUGCAACCUCGAGAUGGCAAGGCUGCUUCUGUCUUCGAGGGCAGACCCCAGGCUGGGCGACCUCGAGGGCAAUCGGGCCCCGGGAAUGCGAGCUGCGCAGCGUCGCGCUGCCUGGUCUCAAAGCAGUGCAGCAAAAGCUGCUGGGGAGAGGCCUUCGCAGGCGAAGCAGACGGAGCCUGUCUACCUGGAGCGCCACCUCGAGAUGGUGAAGGUUUGCCUGGAAGCGAUGGAAUGCUGGGAUCCUGGCGAAGCUGCGGCCAGAAGCCUCUUGGACAGCUGCGGGCAGACUGGAUUGCACGUCGCUGCGGCUGCAGGUGACCUCGAACUCUCCAGGUUGCUGCUUGAUUUCCAAGCAGCCGUGAACUGCGGAGAGUGUUUGGACGGCAUGACGCCGCUGAUGUUUGCCGUGCGUGCGGGCGUGUCCGCAGUUGUAGUACGGUGCCUGCUGGAUGCCUUAGCCGACUUGACACUGCAAGAUGCCGCUGGAGGGUCUGCCUUGCACUACGCGGCGGCCUGCGGUGAUGCUGCUGUUGCAGACGCGGCCGAGUUGCUGAAGAGACGAGCUGAGGCCAAUGCUGCGGACGCGAAGGGCGCCACGCCCCUUGCGCUCGCAGCUCUGCUAGGUGCGCCAAAGAUGAUGCGCUUCCUUCUGCGGCGAGGCGCCAACCCACAGAGCUGCCGCUCUUUGCUGCCGAGCCUCCACGGUGACAGCCGCGAGAUCCUGAUGGCUGUCCUUUGA